AUGGGUCGGCAAAAGCAAACAAACCCCCUCCAGCGAACUCCCUCGCACUCAAUGCGCAAUGAAACCGAAGUUGCUGAGAAGCACUUCACUGGACGCGCUACGGACCCGCUGAAUGCCAACGAAAGCGCUCCUGCAAAGGCAGCGGCGGCCCUGGAGGUAGUCACAGACACUCCCGGGUUGAUGCAGCUUCUCAUCUGCGUUCUCGGUAUCUACGCGGCAUUCCUCUCAUGGGGUGUCCUCCAGGAAGCAAUCACUACAACCAGCUAUCCCGUUUACGCCGCAUCCGCUGCCAAUCCCGAUCCCGCGACAGAGCGCUUCACAUACUCCCUGGUCCUGAACACGAUCCAGUCGUCCUUCGCCGCCAUCACUGGCUUCCUAUACCUCUUCUUCUCCACGCCCAAGGGCCAGAGCAUGCCCUCCAUAUUCCCUACGCGUGACAUUAUUUUCCCGUUGCUCCUGGUCAGCAUUUCCUCGUCGCUCGCAUCCCCGUUUGGUUACGCCAGUCUCGCACACAUCGACUACCUCACUUUUAUCCUCGCGAAAUCAUGCAAGCUGCUCCCUGUAAUGCUCCUUCACCUGACUAUCUUCCGCAAGAAGUACCCUCUGUACAAGUACGGUGUCGUGCUCCUGGUUACUCUGGGCGUGGCCACGUUCACGCUGCAUCAUCCAGGAACCAGUAAAAAGGUUGCUGCGUCGGCGGCGAAGCAGUCCGGAUCUUCUAUGUGGGGUAUUUUUCUGCUGUCUAUCAACCUGCUGCUUGACGGCCUCACAAACACCACACAAGAUCAUGUCUUUACCUCUCCACAGCGGUACACCCGCUUUUCUGGACCGCAGAUGAUGGUUGCGCAGAACGUGCUCUCCACACUUCUGACCACUGCGUAUCUUUUGAUCAUGCCUCAUCUAUCCCAGAGCGGUAUCUUGCACAGUCUGCUCCCAAUCCCCAUCCCCCCGUCCACCGAGACGGAGCUGUACUCGGCCGUCUCCUUCCUCACACGCCACCCCGAAGCAUUGAAACACGUGCUCGGGUUUGCGGCGUGCGGUGCUGUCGGCCAACUGUUUAUCUUCUACACCCUGUCGCACUUCUCGUCGCUGCUGCUUGUAACCGUGACCGUGACACGCAAGAUGUUGACGAUGCUUCUCAGCGUGUUCUGGUUUGGCCACUCCCUGUCCGCUGGACAGUGGCUGGGAAUUGGCCUAGUGUUUGGCGGCAUUGGCGCCGAGGCAGUGGUUCAAAGAUCGGAGAAGAGAGCGAAGGAGAAGGCCAAGCUUGAAAGCGCAAAGAAAGCGCAGUAG